CUCAGUCGAACCUCUGCUCCAAACACACGAUUCAUAUUCAUUUAUCUGCAUUUCUCUUUUUCUCUCUCUCAGUCCUCCAUUUUCAUUCAUUAUCCGAGUUUUGAGUUAUAAAUAUAAUAAUAAAGGCUCUGGUUUGGCCUAUGAGAGAAAGAAUAGCCGUAAAUAGGAAAUUAUACGAUGGAGCACAGUCCAGUUUACAACCCUGUAGUACAUCACCAUUCCGAUGCAUCACGACCGUCCCUUGGUUUUCCACUUGGAACAGCUCUUCUUUUAUUGGUGAUCUUCAGUUUAAGUGGGAUUUUCUCAUGUUGUUAUCAUUGGGACAAGUUUCGAUCACUCCGUCAAUCUUAUUCCGAUGAUCUUGACCUUGAAGCUGCUAAUCACCCUGCUAAACCCAAUUACCCUAAUUACUUAUUGAAACAACAACAAAUGGAAAGCCUACCAGUGAUAAUGCCAGGAGACAAUAUAGCGAAGUUUAUAGCUCUACCAUGCCCAUGUGAACCACAUCGCCCAGAAAUGCAAGCCCCAAUUCCAACUCCUAAUAAACCUGCUAAGCCGCCACGUUUCCCAGUCCCUUUGUAUUGAUCCAUUAUUAUUAUUAUUAUUAUUAUCUAAUUAAUUAAUUUAUGAUUAGAUUAUUUUUUUUUAUCACAUUUUUCUACACAAAAAAGUUGACAAAUUUGGUUUAUAAUCUUGUAGUACUCGUAGUUAAUACUUUGUAGUUUGUAAAUACAUAAUAUUAUUACGUGAAUUUUCUUCUCCCUGAGUCA